AUGGCUCCUAUUGCGUUCGCUUGUCGGGCGCAUGUUGUGAAUAAAAGUCACCAAAUAUUCAAUGCAAAACUAGUUAUUUGGAGGCAUCGCUAUCUCAGCACAACGAAUCACCCAACACAGCUAGGUACCGCGUUCACUGAGUUACGUAUUGGCGUUCCCAAAGAAUCAUUCACUAACGAAAGACGAGUUGCAGUUACGCCACAAGAGUCAGGUGAAGGAGCUGGUGGUUAUGCUAAAGAAAUGUCUCAAAAAUACCUGGAAGCAGAAAUGGAGUUAUUUGCAAAACAGGCGAAAGAAGUAGACAUUAUAAUCACCAGCGCUUUAAUUCCAGGGAAACCGGCACCCAAACUGAUUACAAAGGCUAUGGUGGAAUCAAUGCGUCCAGGAUCAGUUAUUGUUGACUUGGCUUCAGAGGCUGGUGGGAAUGUAGAAACAACAGUACCCGGGAAAUUAACCUAUCAUCAUGAUGUUGCUCAUAUUGGCUAUACUGAUCUGCCUAGUCGACUGCCUGGUCAAUCAUCGACAUUAUUUUCUAAUAAUGUAGCCAAUUACCUCCUGUCUAUGACUCCACCCGAUGCCAAAGAUAGGUUUUAUAUUAACUUGGAAGAUGAUGUCAUCCGGGACAGUAUUGUAUUGCAUAAUGGAAAACUCAUGUGGCCACCGCCUGCUCGACCGCAACCAGCACCUGUGAAACGUGAACAGCAGCCAGCUAAAGCAGUCGAGAGUGUUACACCACAACCAAAUGAUCCAUCAGUAAUUUUAAGAAGAAAACUACGUUCUGUCAUCUCUACUUCGGUUGGUUUGACUGGUUUAGUUGGAGUGGGAUUGUAUUCACCUUCACCAGCGUUUACUACAAUGCUGACAACAUUUGGUCUUUCAGGUAUUGUAGGUUAUCAUACAGUUUGGGGUGUCACUCCAGCUCUUCAUUCCCCGUUGAUGUCUGUGACAAAUGCUGUAUCUGGAAUUACAGCCGUCGGAGGUCUACUUCUAAUGGGUGGUGGUUUAUAUCCAUCCACCUUACCUGAAGGAUUGGCAGCAUCAGCAACUCUUCUGUCCGCUAUCAAUAUUGGCGGUGGCUUUGUCGUUACUCAAAGAAUGCUUGACAUGUUUAAACGUCCUACUGAUCCACCUGAAUACAAUUAUUUAUUCACUAUUCCUGCUGUCGCCCUACUCGGCACCUAUGGAUAUGCUGCACUGACUAUGCCCUCAGCAAUAUUGGAUGAUAUGCAUGAAACUACCUAUUUGGCGUCUUCGCUAUGUUGUAUUGGAGCGUUGACUGCUUUAUCUAGUCAAAAACUUUGUCGUGUUGGUAAUGCAAUAGGCGUGAUUGGUGUUACAGGUGGACUGAUGACCACUCUAGGAUUAAUCCAGCCAAAUCCAGAAUUGCUCACUCAAAUGGCAGCUUGCUUAGCUGGCGGUUCGCUGAUUGGUGCUGUCGCCGCUAAACGAAUACAAGUCACAGAUUUACCACAAAUGGUUGCCUUAUUCCACAGCCUUGUUGGUGCUGCUGCUGUACUCACAUGUAUUGCAAAUUAUAUGAUUGAAGCUCCACAUCUACUGCUAAUUCCAGAAUCCUAUGGUGCUCUACAGCUGAUGAAGACUGUUGCUUAUUUAGGCACAUAUAUUGGUGGCAUUACACUAACUGGAUCAUUAAUAGCCUUUGGUAAACUACAAGGCUUAUUACAUUCAACUCCCCUGUUAUUACCAAUGCGAAAUGCACUGAAUGCUAGUUUAGCAACAUUAUCCGCUGGUUGUCUGAUUGGUCUACUGUCACUUGGUCCUGAAGCAGUCGGACCUGGACUCGCUCUGCUUAUUGGUGGGGCUGGUAUAGCUGGUGGUAUAUCUGGGCUGACUUUGACAGCUGCUAUUGGAGGUGCUGAUAUGCCUGUUGUAAUUACAGUGUUGAAUAGUUAUUCUGGCUGGGCAUUAUGCGCUGAAGGUUUCAUGUUGAAUAAUAGUUUAAUGACUGUAGUCGGUGCUUUAAUUGGAUCAUCUGGUGCUAUUCUAUCAUAUAUUAUGUGUAAAGCAAUGAAUCGCUCUUUACCGAAUGUUAUCCUUGGCGGUUAUGGGACUAGUUCAUAUUCUGGUGGAAAAGCAAUUGCAAUUACAGGUACUCAUCGAGAAACAGAUAUACCAACAGUUGUUAGUUACCUUGAAAAUUAUAAAGAUAUUAUUAUCACACCCGGUUAUGGUCUAUGCGUAGCCAAAGGACAAUAUCCGUUAGCUGAACUAGCUAAAGAAUUAAUUAAACAAGGGAAACGUGUACGAUUUGCUAUACAUCCUGUUGCAGGACGUAUGCCUGGACAGCUGAAUGUUCUGUUAGCUGAAGCUGGUGUACCAUAUGAUAUUGUCUAUGAAAUGGAUGAGAUCAAUGAUGAUUUUCCCAAGACAGAUCUAGUUCUAGUUAUUGGAGCUAAUGAUACAGUGAAUUCAGCUGCUGAGGAAGAUCCAAAUUCAAUUAUAGCUGGUAUGCCUGUUCUACGUGUAUGGUUAGCUAAGAAGGUGAUCGUGGUGAAACGAACCCUGGGAGUUGGUUAUGCUGCUGUCGAUAAUCCUGUCUUCUUCAAAGAAAAUACUGAUAUGCUACUGGGUGAUGCUAAAACUAUUUGUGAUGGUCUGCUAAAUGCAUUUAAAAAGUAG